UUGAGGGAGGGGCUCAUGUUUCACAGGUAGCAGGAAGUGAAGAGAAACUGAAGAACGAGCGAAUUAAAUCAAGUCUCUCACAGUUGAAGGACAGUUACUGGAACCGGAUCACUGGACUGACUGGUUCUGGUUUCUCUCUCCAAAAGGCCAGAAGAUGGAAGAUCAGGACAGAGCAAAACCUCCAGGACCCAUCAGUCCAUCUAUGAGGAGUGACCGGUCCAAAGAUCUUCCUCGAGACUUCAGUAAUGAACCUGAACCAUCAGACGGAAAGAGCUGUGAGUGUGAAGAAAGACCCAAAACAGGAGCUGAACGGCCAACAGCCAAUCAGAGCAGCUGUUCUCCAGAUUUUGAUAUUCGGUGUCAGAGUGACCAUAAAGCGUCUCUGAAGAACAAGUUCCAGAGUCUCUCUGAAGGCGUCGCUGAACCUGGAAAUCAAACCGUUCUGAACCAGAUCUACACAGAGCUCCACAUCACAGAGGGGUUAACUAGAGAGGUCAACCAGGAACAUGAGGUCAGACACAUUGAAACAGCAUCCAGGAAACAAGAAACAACAAUCAGAAGAGAAGACAUCUUUAAAGUCCCACCUGGAAGAGAUCAACCAAUCAGAACAGUGAUGACCAUGGGAGUGGCUGGCAUUGGGAAAACACUGUUAACACAGAAGUUCACUCUGGACUGGGCUGAAGGCAAAACCAACCAGAACAUUGAUUUCAUAUUUCCAUUCACUUUCAGAGAGCUGAAUAUGUUGAAAGAAGAAAAGUUCAGCUUAUUAGGACUGAUUCAUAAAUUAUUUUCUAAAACCAAAGAAAUCAGCAGCUUUGAAACGUUCCAGGUUCUGUUCAUCUUUGAUGGUCUGGAUGAAAGUCGAUUUACUCUGAAUUUCAAGAACAAUCCGAUCCUGACUGAUGUUACAGAGUCCAGCUCAGUGGAUGUUCUGGUGACAAACCUCAUCAGGAGGAAACUGCUUCCCUCUGCUCUCCUCUGGAUAACCACACGACCUGCAGCAGCCAAUCAGAUCCCUGCUGAGUGUGUUGGCAUGGAAACAGAGGUCAGAGGGUUCACUGACCCCCAGAAGGAGGAGUACUUCAGGAAGAGAUUCAGAGAUGAUGAAGAGAAGGCCAGCAGGAUCAUCUCCCACAUCCAGAAAUCAAAAUGUCUCCACAUCAUGUGUCACAUCCCAGUUUUCUGCUGGAUCACUGCUAAAGUUCUGGAGGAUGUGAUGAAGACCAGAGAGGGAGAAAAACUGCCAAAGACUCUGACUGAGAUGUACAUAGCAUUCCUGGAGGUUAACUUCGCAAUCAAGAAGGAAAAGUAUGAUGGAGGAAAAAAGACAAGAUCAAUCUGGAGUCCAGAGAACAAGAAGCUGAUUGAGUCUCUAGGAAAACUGGCUUUUGAGCAGCUGCUGGAGGGAAACCUGAUCUUCUAUGACAAAGAGCUCAAAAAGUGCGGCAUCAACAUCAAAGAUGCUGCGUUGUUCUCAGGAGUGUUCACUGAAAUGUUUAAAAGAGAGAGAGGGACGUGCGACAUCUCUGUCUACUCCUUUGUUCAUCUGAGCAUCCAGGAGUUUCUGGCUGCAGUCUACAUGCUCCACUGUUUCACCAGCAGGAAGUCAGAGGUGAUCAAGACGUUUCUGGGAGAAAAAUACAGAGAAACAUCUCUAGAUGAGUUCAUGAAGAAAGUCAUGAAGAAAUCCCUCAGCAGUAAAAAUGGCCACCUGGACCUGUUUGUCCGCUUCCUUCAUGGUCUCACUGUGGAGUCCAACCAGAGACUCUUAGAAGAUCUGCUGGGUCAGACAGAGAACAGUCCAGAAACCAUCCAGAGAAUCAUCACCAACCUGAAGGAGAGGAACACUGAUAGAAUCUCUCCUUUCCAAGAUAUAAUGAACACUAAUAGAAUCUCUACUGACAGAAGCAUCAACAUCUUCUACUGUCUGGUGGAGAUGAACGACGUCUCAUUUUAUCAGGAGAUCCAACGGCUGCUGGAUUCAGGGAAGGAGCUCUCAGUGACUGACUGUUCAGCUCUGGCCUUCAUGCUGCAGAUGUCAGAGGUUCUGGAUGAGUUGGACCUGGAGAAGUACAACACAUCAUCAGAUGGACGACUGAGACUGGUUCCAGCUGUGAGGAACUGCAGAAAGGCUCGACUUGGUGGCUGUUCGCUCCGAAAGGCUGAAUGUGAAGUUUUGGCCUCGGCUCUGAAGUCCAACACAGAUCUGACUGAACUGGAAAUACUUGAGAUCUACAUAGAUGGAGGUGAAACCUUUGGAGACUCUGAUCUGAAGCCUCUGCUUGAGAUCCUGGAGAGUUCAGUCAGCAAAGUGAAGAAUCUGAGCUUGUGGAACUGCAGUUUGUCAGAGACCAGCUGGACUUCUCUGUUCUCAGCUCUGAAGUCUGAACCGACCUAUCUGACAAAACUGGAGCUGACCAGCACCAACCUGGAAGGUUCUGGAGUGAAGGAGCUCUGUGGUUUUCUACAGACUGAAGGCUGCAGACUGAAGACAUUGAUAUUAAAGAGAUGCAGUUUGUCAAAGAUCAGCUGUGAUUAUUUGGCCUCAACUCUGAAGUCCAACCCGACCCGUCUGAAACAUCUGGACCUGAGAUUCAACAACCUGAAGGAUUCAGAUGUUCAGCAGCUGAAGAAUCUUGUAAAGACUUUAUAGUUCUGAUCUCUGUGAAGUAGAGAAUGGUCUCAGUGUCCUGCUGAUCCUCAGAGGUUGAAGCUGCAGCAGUUUGAGUCUAAAGAGACUCUGACUGGAUCAUGAUGAUGACCUCUGACCUCCAAGGUUUUCCUCCCGUUUAUUUCCUCGUGUCUGUCAUUUAGUGUCUGAUAUUGUUUGUCUCUUUGGAUCGAUAAAGGAAUACAGAUUGGACUAUUUUCCACCAUACAGACUUGGAUCAGUACGCCUCAUCUGUACUGAACCAUAUUUCCACCACCAUAGAACGUGUCACCACCUGCAAACGCAUUACCAUGUACCCCAACCAGAAACCCUGGAUGAACCGAGACGUUCGUCUCCUGCUGAAGGCCCGCAACAUCGCCUUCAGGUCAGGGGAUGCACAGACUUGCAGUGCAAAAGGGGUGAGCUGAAGAAGAGAAUCAAGAAGGCCAAACACCACUACAAAAGGAAGGUGGAGGAUCAUUUUUCUAACGCCAACCCCCGACGUAUGUGGCAAGGCCUUCAGAUUCUCACAGACUACAAGAACCCCAAUACCACCCCCGCUUCUACUGAUGUCUCCUUCC